CAUACAUUUCAAAUUUUUUUAUCAUGUGUGUAUGAAUUUGUGCUGCUCAUGCUCAAAGACUUUUAAAUAACAACAGGACAGAGCUACUGAGGAAAGUGUUUAUUAAUAAUACUGUAGCUGUGGUAGCAAUACUGUAACAAUAGUUAUGAUAAUCAUAUAUAAUAAACCAUAUUUGUUUAAGCAGAUUGAGAUCAUACAGAAACAAUAACCAGGUAAAAAUCUAAAAAUACCUAAAACAAAACAAAAACAACAAACAAAAAAUCUAUUUAAUUAAGUAAAGCUGCAAUUAGACAUCAGGAUCUCUUUGUUUGUGUAAUGUACAAUAAUACAAUGUUUCACUACUGAUCAGGAAGAAGAAGGGAGGAUACAUAAAGAAUAAAGCAACACUGGAGCCACAAAAAAAAAAAACACGAAUACAAACAGAAUGGAAAGAAAUUCGGUUUUGACCUAAAAACCGAUUUGGAAGAAACUGCAAUUGUAGCCUCACUUCACACUGUUUACCAGAACAUCCUCUAAGUGUGUUAGAUGUUCAGCAUUAUGAGCCAUGGAGUACACAGUUCCAAACAACGGCCUUUUCAUUUUUUCUGAAUACAAAAACAAUUUUUUAAAAGAAAAACAGAUGAUGGUGCUGCAUGAUAAUAAAACGCUAACUUGCAAAUUGCAUAAACAGGAGCAAUCAAACAAUAAAUGGGUCAGUUUUUUAUAAUCACUUAAACAACUCAAGGGCUGCAGACAAAACCUCAGUGUACACAGGCUCCUCCAUCCAUUUCAGACACUGCAUGCAGCCUGCUACACACAUGAAGCUAUCUAUGAAGCCGAAGUGAAAGUAAGAAAAGGAAAAGUUAGCGCUGAUCACCUCGAAGGUGAAAAAGCUGAGUGACACACCUGAUGAAGGUGAUCAGCAGGGAGAGAAACCCAGCAGGACAGCGGCCCAGAACCAGGAAUGCCCACCCUUGAUCUACCUGCAGCAUCGGGCCCUGUCUCACCUGGAGUCCUCUGGGAGCACUGAGAGAGUCGUGUUUUGAUUUCUCCAGUGCUUUCAACACCAUCCAGACAUCACUGCUGAGGAGAAAGCUGGAGGUGGCAGGUGUGGACCAACAUCUGGCUGCUUGGACCAUCAACUACCUCACAGACAGGCCACAGUUUGUGAGGCUGAAGGACUGUGUGUCUGAUGUGGUUGUCUGCAGCACAGGGGAUGGUGCUCUCCCCUUUUUUCUCUUCACACUGUACACAUCGGACCAAUACAACUCCCACCACUGUCACCUCCAGAAGUUCUCCGGACUUGACUGGUCAAACAACACAGACACUCUGUAUAAGAACAGCCAGAGUGGCCUCCACCUGCUGAGGAGACUGAGGUCCUUUGGUGUGUGCAGACAGCUGCUAAGGACUUUCUAUGACACUGUGGUGGCCUCAGUAGUCCUGUAUGGAGUUGUGUGCUGGGGGGGCAGUACAGGCAGAGACAGGAAGAGACUCAACAAGCUGGUUCAGAAAACAGGCUCUGUCCUGGGCUGCACACUGGAGUCCAUGGAGGAGGUGGUGGACAGAAGGAUGCUGGUAAACUAACAUCCAUCAUGGAGAACCCUCCACCCCCUGCACCACUGUAGAGGCUCUGAGCAGCUCCUUCAGCACCACACUGUUACACCCACAGUGCAGGAAGGAGCGCUAGCGCAGGUCAUUCCUCCCCACAGACAUCAGACUGUACAACACAGCGCUACAGUGACACACAAUGUGGAUCACAUGUGGAUCACAUGGCGAACCUGUCUUCUUACUGUUGUAAAACCACCAAAACAGGAGAGAGCAUCAGUAGAACACAUUUACACCCUUCAAGGGAGAAAGCCAGGUUCCUUUUGUAGUUCUGACCUCUUCUUCCUGUGACCAAAAGUACAAAGUCUGUGUGGUGGAAAGUGUGAAUUCAUGAGUCAGUGUGAGGACAGAGAGGAGGGAGCCCUGCCCUCUAAAACCAGUCUGUGUGAAGACCAUGAGAGCCAGAACAAAGCUCAGAGGUUUCAUCAGAGACAAGACUCUGCUGAACUUGGUCCUGAACCUGAACCCAGCUGCAUGUCCUUCCGGAGUAAUGAGUCAAAGGAAAUUAUUAUAACUUUUAAAGACCAACAUGCAUUAGAGUCAAAAGUGGACCAGCAGACCUCAGAGGUUUCCAUUGCUCAGUCUGUCCAGCAGCACCAAACACACCUGGACUCCAUAUUUAUGCUGCUGGAGGAAAACAUUGUCACGUUUGUGAAGAAGGAGCUGAAGAAGAUCCAGAAGGUUCUGAGACCCAAUUACCCAGAAUGCUUAGAGAGUCAGAGGAAGGAUGAAGAGGAGAUGGAUGGUGAGGAUGAAGAGCAGAAGAGGAGCAGCAGAGACGCGUUUCUGAAGAUCACAGUGAACUUCCUGAGGAGCAUGAAGCAGGAGGAGCUGGCUGACUGUCUGCAGAGAUCUUCUGCUGCAGUUUGUCAGGAUCAACUUAAAUCUCGCCUGAAGCAGAAGUUCCAGUGUGUGUUUGAAGGCAUCGCUAAAGCAGGAAAGCCAACCCUUCUGAACCAGAUCUACACAGAGCUCUACAUCACAGAGGGAGGGACUGGAGAGGUCAACGAUGAACAUGAGGUCAGACAGAUUGAAACAGCCUCCAGGAAACCAGACAGAGCAGAAACAAGCAUCAGACCAGAAGACGUCUUUAAAGGCUCAGCUGGAAGAGAUGGAGCCAUCAGAACAGUGAUGACAAAGGGAGUGGCUGGCAUUGGGAAAACAGUCCUAACACAGAAGUUUACUCUGGACUGGGCUGAAGACAAAGCCAACCGGGACAUACACUUCACAUUUACAUUUACAUUCAGAGAGCUGAAUGUGCUGAAAGAGCAAAGGUUCAGCUUGGUGGAACUUGUUCAUUACUUCUUCAGUGAAACCAAAGCAGCAGGAAUCUUCAUUUUUAAACACUUUAAGGUUGUUUUCAUCUUAGAUGGUCUGGAUGAGUGUCGACUUCCUCUGGACUUCAACAAUACUAAAACCCUGACUGAUGUCACAGAGUCCACCUCAGUGGAUGAGCUGCUGACAAACCUGAUCAGGGGGAACCUGCUUCCCUCUGCUCACCUCUGGAUCACCACACGACCUGCAGCAGCCAAUCAGAUCCCUCCUGGGUGUGUUGACAUGGUGACAGAGGUCAGAGGGUUCACUGACCCACAGAAGGACGAGUACUUCAGGAAGAGAUUCAGAGAUGAGCAGCAGGCCACAACAAUCAUCUCCCACAUCAAGACGUCACGAAGCCUCCACAUCAUGUGCCACAUCCCAGUCUUCUGCUGGAUCACUGCUACGGUUCUGGAGGAGCUGCUGGAAACCAGAGAGGGAGGAGAGCUGCCCAAGACCCUGACGGAGAUGUACAUCCACUUCCUGGUGGUUCAAACCAAAGUGAAGAACAUCAAGUAUGAUGGAGGAGCUGAGACAGAUCCACACUGGAAUAAGAAGAGCAGCAAGAUGAUUGCGUCUCUGGGAAACCUGGCUUUUGAGCAGCUGCAGAAAGGAAACCUGAUCUUCUAUGAGUCAGACCUGACAGAGUGUGGCAUCGAUGUCAGAGCAGCCUCAGUUUAUUCAGGGGUGUUCACACAGGUGUUUAAAGAGGAAAAAGGGCUGUAUCAGGACAAGGUGUUCUGCUUCAUCCAUCUGAGUGUUCAGGAGUUUCUGGCUGCUCUUCAUGUCCAUCUGACCUUCAUCAAGUCUGGAGUCAACCUGCUGUCACAUCUUAUGACGAAACAUGAACAUACACCGUUCUACCACGUUGCUGUGGACAAGGCUUUAGAGAGUCCAAAUGGACACCUGGACCUGGUCCUCCGCUUCCUCCUGGGAUUUUCUCUUGAGAAAAACCAGUCAUUCUUGCAAGGUUUGAUGACACAAAUGAGAAGUAAUUUACAAACCAAUCAGGACACAGUUCAGUACAUCAAGAAGAAAAUCACAGAGUUUCCUUCUGCAGAGAAAAGCAUCAACCUCUUCCACUGUCUGAAUGAGCUGAAUGAUUGUUCUCUAGUAAAGGAGAUCCAACACUAUCUGAAAUCAGGAAGUCUCUUCACACAUAAUCUGUCUCCUUCCCAGUGGUCAGCUCUGGUUUUCAUCUUAUUGUCUUCAGCAAAUGAUCUUGAAGUAUUUGACCUGAAAAAAUACUCUGCUUCAGAGGAGGCUCUUCUGAGGUUGCUGCCUGUGGUCAAAGCUUCCAACACAGCUCUACUGAGUAGCUGUAACCUGUCAGGGAGAAGCUGUGAAGCUCUGUCCUCAGUUCUCAGCUCUCAGUCCUCUAGUCUGAGAGAACUGGACCUGAGUAACAACAACCUGCAGGAUUCAGGAGUGAAGCUACUGUCUGCUGGACUGAAGAGUCCUCACUGUCGACUGGAGACUCUCAGACUGAGUGUGUGUGACCUGUCAGAGAGAAGCUGUAAAGCUCUGUCCUCAGUUCUCAGCUCUCAGUCCUCUAGUCUGAGAGAACUGGACCUGAGUAACAACAACCUGCAUAAUUCAGGAGUGAAGCUACUGUCUGCUGGACUGAAGAGUCCUCACUGUCGACUGGAGACUCUCAGACUGAGUGUGUGUGACCUGUCAGAGAGAAGCUGUGAAGCUCUGUCCUCAGUUCUCAGCUCUCAGUCCUCUAGUCUGAGAGAACUGGACCUGAGUAACAACAACCUGCUGGAUUCAGGAGUGAAGCUACUGUCUGUUGGACUGAAGAGACCUCAUUGUCGACUGGAGACUCUCAGGCUGUCAGGCUGUCUGCUCUCAGAGGAAGCUUGUGUCUCUCUGGCCUCAGCUCUGAGCUCCAACCCCUUCCAUCUGAGAGAGCUGGACCUGAGCUACAAUCAUCCAGGAGACUCAGGAGUGGAGCUGCUGUCUGCUGGAGUCAAGGAUCCACACUGGAGACUGGACACUCUCAGGGUGGAGCCUGGUGGAGUCCGAUGGUUGAGACCAGGUCUGAGCAAGUAUUUCUGUCAACUCAUCAUUGACACAAACACAGUGAAUGAGAACCUACAGCUGUCUGACAACAACAGGAAGGUGACACGUGUGGAGGAGGAUCAGUCAUAUCCUGAUCAUCCAGACAGAUUUUACUUUGGUCCUCAGCUGCUGUGUAGUAAUGGUCUGACUGGUCGCUGUUACUGGGAGGUUGAGUGGAGAGGAAGAGUUUAUGUAUCAGUGAGUUACAGAGGAAUAAGGAGGGAAGGAAACAGUAAAGACUGUUGGUUUGGAUUCAAUGAUCAGUCCUGGAGUCUGUUCUGCUCUGAUGAUGGUUACUGUGUCAAACACAAUAACAUGGUAACACUCAUCUCCUCCUCUGUGUCUCACAGAGUAUCAGUGUAUGUGGACUGUCCUGCUGGUUCUCUGUCCUUCUACAGAGUCUCCUCUGACAAACUGAUCCACCUUCACACCUUCAACACCACAUUCACUGAACCUCUUUAUCCUGGGUUUGGGUUCAUGUUCUGUUCUCCUGGUUCCUCAGUGUCUCUGUGUGAUGUGUCGUAGUGAAAGUUUGAUCCUGUCAGAGAAACGUUGUCACAGUUGAACAUAGUUCAGUUUGUUCAUCUCUGUCUCGUUUUCAGAUUCAUGUUAAUAAACCAGUUUCUUUCUGAACCAGUUCUAAAUGAUUCCUUGUGAACUUCUUCCUCCUCCGCCCUUUAAAGAUGGAAGCUCUGAUUAUUCCAGGAUCAAAUGUUCAUGACUUGUUGUGAAGUUGUUUUCCAGUGAAUAUCCGGAUGUGUCACAGUCUCUGGUCCUGUUCCUUUUUUUAAGUUCCUUACAUUCGGUAGUGUCUGGUUCCCUGGUUUUAUUUUGAAGUUCUUCCUGUCUGUCGUGCGUUGGUUCGGAUCUCUGGUUUUAUUUUGAAGGACUUCCUGCCAUAAUCACUCCACAGCUGUUCCCUGCCAUUACCGGUCAUUAUCCACACCUGCACGUCAUCAGUAAUCAGUUCAGUAUAUUUAAGCACCACCUCUCACUCUAGCAAACCGCCAGAUUGUUUGCUCGUGUUGCGUGUUAUCGCCACUUUCAGCUGGACCCGUCGUGCACCGUGUAUCUUGUUUUUACCCUCUGAAUCCGAGCCUGCCUAGUCCUUGUCUGCCCUGGUCUUCUGCUCUUGCCUGUUACCGACCCUGUCUGCCUGCCUGACCACGAUUCUACGCCUGACUACCUGGUAUUGUAAAUCAGUCUCUCGUGUACGACCCUUGCCUGUCCCUGACACCGGUUCUGCCUCCUCCUGUAUGCGCUGUAUGAACUGUCCGUGUAUGACCCUGCCUGACAUCGACACUGAGUUGGAAUAAAUUCCUAUUGCUACUCAUCUCAGCCUGUCCGUGCCGUGCAUGUGGGUCCGCCGCUUGACGUUCUGACAGGAUGUUUCAGUUCAACAAAUGACAAACUGCAACAUCAGAGAAGAAUCACUGAGCUGAAUGAGCGAGAAGCUUCCAGAUGUUCACUGAUGAUGGUUGAAUGAAAACUGUUGAUUGAAUGUUUCUGAUCAUUUUCUUUCCCUCUAGUAGAAGAGAGCGGAUCAGCCUCACAUUAAAGUUCUUUAUUUACCUUUAACAAUAAAUAAUCACGUUAUAAUCACAAUAUAGAAAUGUCUAUUACUUUGAACUGUGAUUAUAUUAUAACAAUCACCAUGAUGUAACAUGAGUCAUAAUAGAUUCAGAGUCACAUGAUGAACCUCCACAUUCUGUAUGUACUGAAAUAAUAAUGUAAUAAAAUCUCACCACGUCUGGUUCAGAGUGUUUCUGAUUCAC